CCAAGUUGAACAAGGAAGUAAAAUUUGACAUUUUUCUACGAAAUCAAUUAAACUGCGUUUUCAACAAACAAAGCGCAUUGGAAUGUCAGUAGUGUAUAAACAUACACAGUUUCCGGAAAAAUCGUUAUAACAUAUGAGGGGCGAGUUAGUGGAAAUAUAGAAGAAAAUGGAGGUUUCUGGUCGAAAGCCUGAAAGGUCAUUCAAGGACACUGUAGGAAGAUCGUCUGCUGAAGAUGUAGAAGUCUUCUGUCAACCAUGUAGCAGCGAUGGAGACUGGUUGGUUGCAAAGGGUUACUGUGAAAACUGCAACGAAUAUUUGUGUGCUACGUGUUUGAAGGUUCAUCGUAAACAAGCGAUGUCCAAAAAUCAUAAAGUCCUUGAAGGUGAAGACAUGCCAAAGGCCCGGAUGUCAUCUAUGACACUUAAUGCUUGUUCUGAGUUGUGUGCCAAACAUACAAAUGAAAUAAUGAAAUUCUAUUGCUCAACACAUGAUGUAGUGGGGUGCGGGGAUUGCAUGGUUCUGGAUCAUAAAUCGUGUAAAGUGGAUCGUAUACAAGAUAUAUCAAUGAACUACCUCAAUGGCGCUGAACAUCAAGAACUCCAACAGAAGGUAGACCAGUUCCUACAGAACAUAGAACAAGUAAAGAGACAGAUACAAACCAAUGACAAAAGCAUUCAACAAACAUACAUCAAAGCAGUAAAUGAUGUAAAAUCAUUCAAGAAAGAAAUACUGGAUUAUCUAGAUAAGGCAGAGGCGGACAUGCUGGCGGAAUUGAACAAAAGGAAAAGGAGUGACGAAAAGCUGAUAUCAGAUUUGAAAGAGCAUGAAAAGACCAUGAGAAGUAAUGUCCAAGAGUUGCAUGAGAAACUACAACUACCUUUAAAUCAUGCAAAUGAAUUAUUUGUAGCAGCAAAAGAAAUGAAGGAAAGAAUCACGCGCAUAGGUGACGGCUUAAAGCAGUUGCAACAAGACUGCCAGUUCAAGCAGUGUGCGUUUGUUUGUUCUAAACACAUCAAAGAAAUGGUCGCAUCUCAGUUUAAGCUAGGUGAACUACUGGUAAAGAGGGCAGUAACAGGACAGAUAAUGGUAAAUAAGACUUUUGUGGAUAAGAAAGAUAUUACAAAAAUGGAACUGCUGUUUGAUUGUGAAAUUGGAAUAAAGGCAUCGGAUGACACAGAAGAUUGUAGCAUUAAUGCCUGUGCUCCUAUUUCGUACAAUCGGAUAAUAUUAGCAGACCGUAGUAACAAAUGCUUGAAAAUUGUUGAUAUUGAAAACAGAAAUAUAGUAGAAAAAUACAAACUUCAAAGCGGACCGAGUGGACUGGCAGUAAUUACUAAGAAUCGUAUUGCUGUAAUACUUCCUGAUGAACAGAAAAUACAGUUUCUGACACUCCUGGAGUGUGACAAAAUCACUGAAAGCAACGCCAUAAAAUUGAAAGGCAAGUGUUGGCAAAUUGCUUGUCAAGAAAAUAAGAUAAUGGUGUUAUACCGUGAUCAUGUUGUUAUUCUGAAUAUGGAUGGACAAGAGAUAAAAGCUAUAUACAAUCCCAAAAUGAAAUUUCUUCAUGACAUCGCUCCUGACUCUAAAUCUCUUUAUAUUUCUAAUGGCCGCUAUGAAGCAGGGAAUGUUUUCAGAUUUGAUUUUGAAGGCAAUCUUAUUGCAACAUACAAGGAUAAGGAUCUCUCAAAUGUUAGAGGACUUUGUGUAACAAGAGAUGGUACAAUUCUUGUAUGUAACUGGGAAGAUUGUGGAAGUAUUCAUAUGAUUUCACAAGAGUGCAAGAAGAUCAAAGACAUUUUGAAGUAUAAUGUUCAUGUUAAUCGUCCAUGGUGCGUUUCGUUCUGCGACGAAACAAACAGACUUUUUCUUUGUGAAACUUCAAGUACACUUGAUCCAAAACUGAAAAAUGUUAUAAACAUAUUCCAAUUCAAAUAAUACCAAAAUUAAUUAAAAAAAAAACCUGAUCCUAAACUAAAGAACGUUAUAAACAUAUUUCAAUUUGAAUAAUAACAGAACUAAUUUAGCAAGUUCAGAUUUGAAGCGGAAUUUUGAAUUACUGCUUAAACAGCCACACUUUAUGAGUUUUACUACCUACAUGUUUAGAAAAUGAUUUGACAUUGACGGUCACGUGUUGAUAUCACACUAGGUUUCCUACAUCGCAAUCUACUGGAAUUCUUUCGGUGUCUCUACCAUUCAGAAUUAAUAUUAAUGCGCAUAAAAUUUUGAAAAGUAGAGCAAAUUUGAAGAUAUUGUGGCUAUCUACUUUUACUCUCAUUAACAUUUGUGUAAAUGCAUGCUAUAGACUCUGCAUUCACAUGGAUUCAGCACGAACUCCACUUGCACAUGAGACAAAGGUUAUGCUUCAAGGGAAGAGACAAAAACACACCAUAUUAGUUCAGAGUUUUUGAAAAAUGAUAAAUGCAUAUAAAAAAAUUUGUAUGCAAGUUGCAAGAAUGAUAUAUUUGCCAUAAAUGAAUGUUGUGUUUGCAUUUGUCAACAGUGUAAAUUGUUCAAUAGUGAUUAUUGUUAGUAUAUCACAACUUUAGUACGUAUAUAAAAGUGCUUGUCUUUUUA